AUUCGUGAACAAUUUGUUUUAGUGUGAAAAUUGAAAUGACUAAACAACGCAAUGGAAGAUAGCAACGAAGAGAUUGAACCCUGCCGCAGCAUAGGCCCGCAUGAGCUAGAAGCUGUGAAAAGCCAAGCCAUCAUCAAGCUUUCGCCCGUGCAAGUACCUGCACACUUUAAACGUCUCGAAUGCAAUACAAAUCUUAAUCUACCGCCCCUCAACUGGCUGACCACCUCCCACAGUAGCCAUGGACUGCAUCAGGCGCUCUAUCAGAGCGGAGGUUUCGCCAGCUUUCGUCUGGGUCAAAUGUUUCCCGAUUGCGUGGGCGAAGUGGAUGUUGUCUCGGAUGCCGAGAAUAUCAAACAGCUACUGAAACUGCCAUACAGUGCGAAAAGUGCCAUCAGCAUGGUUGUGCAUAAGGUGGGUAACACGUUACUGCUGGACGAGUUCGAUAUACAAAAGUAUUUGCUGCGGAAGUCGGACGAUGAUUGGAAAUGGUUGCGGAGCUUCAUACUCGAUCACAUCCUGGCCUAUGGUGAUGAGCAGCAAAAUUUUUGUCUUAAAGAACGAUCCCGCGAGGCGCUUCAGACAAAGAACUUGCUGUCGAAGUUUCUAUACCACAGUCUGAAGCAGACCAGCGAUACGGAUUGUGAUGCCAAUGAACCCACAUUUCUGACCAGCAGGCCAGCAAGUCUUCCAAUUAUUGGACCUGUGUUGCCGGAGCCCAAGAUUGAGGAGAAUGUGCCUGAUCCGAAGUCGAGUCAUGCCUUCAAUCGCAAUGUAGUAUGGACCUUUGAGGAUAUUCGCAUGCUUAUUGGCACUGAUAUGCCCAUCUUUGGGGGUCCGAAUAGACCCUGUAUAAGCCUUCGGCUACGUGAUGCUGCGCAGCCUAUAAAUGUCUUAACUGGCAUAGAUUAUUGGCUGGACAAUCUCAUGUGCAAUGUGCCCGAGGUGGUGAUGUGCUAUCAUUUGGAUGGCAUCGUGCAGAAAUAUGAGAUCAUCAAGACUGAGGACCUGCCCUAUCUGGAGAACUCACAAUUCUCACCGCAGGUGGUGCGAAACGUGGCCCAGAAUAUUUUAGCAUUUCUGAAAGCGAAUGCCACCAAGGCAGGUCACACCUAUUGGUUGUUCAAGGGUCGCAAUGAUGACGUGGUCAAGCUCUACGAUCUGACCACCCUCUAUCAAAAUCAGAACAAAGCAGCGGAGAAAACGGAGCACCCGCAGCAACAGAGGCAACAGGAAAUGAAUCCGUUUACGGUGCCUGUGGGAAUGUUGCUCUACUCUGUGGCACGCAACAUGAAGAAUACACUGGAACACAUUUCACCGAAGACAGCAGGAAAUAUACGCGCAUUGCUGGACAACUGCAUCAAGCUGUUGCCCAAAGAGCAAUAUCCACAAAUUGUCAGUUCAUCACAUUAUAUACUCUCCGAUUUACAUGUGCCAGCUGGCAUAGAUCCAAAGGCACCCAAGUUCAAUGAAUCAGCAACACUUUUUAACGACGAUGAGGAUGAGGAUGAAGAUGAGGAGGAGGAUGAGGAUGAGGAUGAGAAUUUCAAUGACGAGCAGCCACUUGGCUUUGGGCGUGAUAUGUACUAUCAGAGCGCUGCGGAAAGCGGUGGCAAAGCGAAUGUUGCAGUGCGUCACAUUUGCGACGCUUUGCGAGAUUUUAAAUCUCAUGCCAAGCAAUCCAAGCCGGCGCCUUUGAUAGCCAGCACCGUCGAUCGCUGCAAUAUAUCGCUGCAGCACAUCAGUGCGGGCCUCUCCUGUUUGCAGUACUUCAAUGGCAAUCAGGAGGAGAAGCUCAAGGAGUCGGAAAUGCAUGCCAAGCAAGAAGAGAAGCAGCGUAUACUACACGAAGAGCAGAAUCCUAACAUGGCGAAGCCUUUCAAUGCUAUACCACUGCCCUACGAGCAACUACAAAUUGCUCAGCCGUCAGCUCAAGCUCAGGCACAGCAGCCCAAGAAACGUUCCAUCAAGACAAAGAGUAAACGCAGCAAAUCCAAAGAGCUGACCAGCAGUAGCAAUAGCAACAAACCGGAAGUCUUGACCACUCAGAAGCUCAGUGCUAAGUUUAACAGUCAGAAUUUCGGCUCAUGGAAUGUGCAUUUAAAGCUGUUGCUGCUGGAGAAGGCCUGUCUGACAUAUGCCACGUUAGCGGAGCAUUACUAUGAAGCCCAGGUCUAUGGCAGCACGCUGCGUGCCAUUGAGCUGGCCUGCCGCUGCCAGCAGGUGCUCAACAAGUACAUGGCCAAUGUGGUUAGCCAACAGAGCUGUUUGCUAGGACGCGCUGGAGAUUGCUUCUUUCAAAUCUCGAAGCAUUGGAGCGCCAUUGAGCAGUAUGUGCAGCAAUAUGAACAGCAGGAUGAGCACUCAAGCUUGAUUAAUGUGGAGCUGACACAGGAAUUGGAGGAACCAGAUCUGCUCACACUGGUGCCAGUGAAGAAUGUGGAGCAGGUGAUGCUGCACAGCUGCAAAUGCUACGAAGAUGCACUGGAGCAUGCGCAGGCCGCAGAGAGCAAUGAGCUGCUGCGUCGCUUGGGCAAUGUGCGCAACGAAUUGGGGCUUAAGUAUAUGUAUUCGGCUCAAGAGGAGUACAGCCAAAUGAAGCGGAAGAAAGAGGCCGCCACAGGUGGCUCUGCCGAGCAUUCGAAAGCUGAACUUGACAGUGCAGCUGAAUCGGUGGCCUCUACAGCAGAGCCUCUGUAUGUUAAGCUAACUAUCAAUUCGUAUGACUGCCUGCGUCGAGGCAUAGCAGCUUUCACAGCGGUGCAGGAUAAUGUGAAUCUCGCAUUUCUUUACUGCAACAUGGGCAGAUUUAUGCGGCUGCGUGCUCAUCUGACCAUGCCAAAUGAAAGCACCAUUGGCCUGGACACACAAAAAACAUUUUAUAAUGAAGCCUUCGAAUAUUAUGAGAAGGCUAAGGAUUGCCUGGACACAAGAAAAGCCAAUCCAGAACUGUGGGAUCUAGUGCAGUGGGAGUUGUCGACGGCCACAUUUACGUUGGCCAAACAAUUGCAGGACUACAGCGCAGCCGAUAAGAGCAGCCUGGCCGAGGCGUCAAAGGAGGUGCUGGACCUGCUGCAGAAAUCGCUACGUCUAUGCGAUGUGGAACAUGCAGGUGCCCGCCAGGUGCUCUAUAGUUUUCGCUCCGGUCUUAUACAUAAACGCAUUGCCUCCUUUCACUAUGCGCAACUGCGUAGCCAUGGCGUCUCAGAUGCUUCGCAACUGCCUAAAGCGACGCUGCAGCUGUGCAAAUAUCACUAUGAGAAGGCAACGCAAAUUUUGGAGAGCUUGAAGGAGGUGCGGGACUUGCUGGUAGUGCAGCUGGAGCGCAUAUCACUGCACGAGUUUCUAUCUGAUGUUUCCACUCAUGCAGCGCAGAAGGUGAAGCAAAUGCAAGCGGCUUUAGACAUUUGUUUUCAAUGCCAGCUCAUUUUUGGGCACGUCAUCGAUAACAACAGCAGCGUCAACGUCGAUGAUGAUGACGAAUUCAAAGCGCAUUUGACGCUCUACGAGAGCCGAUUGCAGAAUGCGUUAAAGACGCUCAUCAAAUUGCUGUUAACAACCGGCAAGGAUCCAAAACAGCUGUCGGCAUUGUACAAGCGCAUGUAUAUGGAAACCUUGACUGGGAAACAUGGCAUAGGCGCACAGCAAUUAGCAACAGCUACAGUCGCUCGCUCACACCAUUUGCACACGCUGCUUACCCGGCUGAAAACCAUGUGCGGCGCUCAGCUGGCCAGCAACUAGU